UGAAUCGUUUGUAAUAAACAGUUUUCAUAGUGACGAGUAUAAAUUAGUGAAUAACUUUAAAUUCAUAGUAAUCUGAAUUCAACAGAUAUAUAGAAUUCGAAAUGAAUAAUUCAAAGGAGUUUUUACAAGAAGAAAAAUGCGAUAAAAUGCAAGCGCAAAAUGGAGAUACUGCGAAGAAAGUUCUUGAACACCAAGAGGAACAAGAGUUGUCACCCACCAUCGAUAAAAAUGAAUCGAUAGAAAUGAAAGGAGAAAAAAAUGAACUCGAAGAUUUACAGAAAUUACCAAAAGAGAAUGAAGAUGCAAAGUUAUGUAUUCCUGAUGUUGUCCAGCAAGAACCAAUUAAUGAUGGAACUGAAAAUACAACAAGUUUUAAUAUAAAGAACUGGCAGGAACAAGAGUUGUUUCCCUCCAUUAAUGAAAACGAAUCUAAAGGAGAAAACAACGAACUCGAAGAAUUACAGAAAUUACCAAAAGAGAAUGAAGAUGCAAAGUUAUGUAUUCCUGAUGUUGUCCAGCAAGAACCAAUUAAUGAUGGAACUGAAAAUACAACAAGUUUUAAUGUACAGAAUUGGCAGGAAAUUGAUGCAAAAUACACAAGAAUUAAAAACGAAUAUCAUAGGCUUAAUCGUGAACUUGAAAAAUGUUUAGCAUCAGAUAAACUAUGUAAUGAUCAAAUGCAGAGUGUCAAAGAGUCUUGUGCAGCCUUACAAUUGACGAACGACCAGCAAAAAUAUGAGAAUCAAGAAACUUUUAAUAUACAAGAAAUUGAAGAACUUGAGAAACACUUAAACGAACAAAAAAAAACUGUUAAAGCUUCAAUGACCGCUAUGAUACAGCAACAGUCGAUAAUGAAAAAACUACAGCAUCAAUCAAAUUUACUCACCAGUUUGAAGCUAUGUCAGGGCAUAGAGACAAAGAUCCAGGAACUCUUGGAAUUAGAUAAGCCACAAGAACCAAAACCUACACCAUAA